CACCCUCGCUCGCCGCCGACGCCGUCCCUCUCGGCCGCCGGCCGAAGGCGCACGCGGCACGCCUCCUCCCUCCCUCCGCUUCCAGCCCGAACAAGAAGCAGAGCGCACGCGACGGCACACCCUCAUCCGCGGAAUCCCGCCGUCUCGUCCUCCUCUUCCCCAGCCGCCGCCUCUGGGUGGGGCGCAGAUCCCUCGUCCGCGCCGAGACCCAUCCCCCCUCUUCCUCUGAAAAUGGUGAUACUCUGUGCCGGGCAUGUUGCUCCAUCAGUUCAUUCUAAUUUUCUGCCCGGAUGGCUACUGCUGAAUAACAGCCCGAGAAUGUAUUGCAAUGCCUUUCUCGAUAUGAAACUCAAAAGGCGAAACAGAAAUCAGUGGAUAACUUCUUUGUCCAAAGGAUCUUCACUACAAGAUAUUGUGCCCUCUGUAAAGCCUUCACGCCUUCUUCCAACAGAGGAACUAAAGACAUAUCCCAAUACAGUUCCUGAGGACAUAUUUAGCACAAUCAGAUUGGAUGACUCUGAUGCAUUCUAUGUGCUAGAGCUUAGGACUAGUAGAGCAUUUAGUUCCUCUUUGCUGGAUAAAAAUUCUGCAAUCUUAAUCUGCUUAAUUGAUGUUGAUGGUGACUCCUUGUUACAAAGAAUACCUGCAAUCUAUUUGGGUCAAGCUACGCCAGGAAUAAAGGCAGAGCAGUCGAUGCCCUUCCAAAGUGGUUCAGUUGAUGCUGUGACUUUCAAGGGGUCUAAAUUGCAAAGGAUUAAAGAAGUCUGGAUCGGUCUAGAAUCAGGUCAGGUUCAUGGAGAUUAGAUGGUUUGAGCUUGAAAGUAAUACAUGGACCGGUUGAUCCACCUAAAGAUAUUAGUGGAACAUGUGAACUCAAGUUUAAUGGUCUGCAAUAUACUUUUGAGAAAAUCAAUGUGCCUCUUGGAGAGGAUGGAGCUUCAGUAGCUGAAGCCAGGCCUGUGGCUAUCAUGGACCUGUCAGGAGUUAGCCUUUCUGAUAUUCAAGAAGGGCAGUUAUCGUCAGAGAGCACUGCUUCAGUUGUUAAGGAAUUGAAAGAGGAUGGUUUGAGACAAUAUGCUGAUCUCAAGCAAUCUUUGCUGCUCUAUGAUGCGGCUAUAGUGCUAACAGGUUUCUCCAUCUUCACUUUGGCUUCCAACAACAAUGCUGCCUACUCUUUCCUGGUUGGUGGAAUUGGAGGAUUCCUCUAUCUGCUGCUACUACAAAGGUCUGUCGAUGGGUUGCCUGUGAUUAGUUCGCCCUCAGAAGCGGGGAGCACACAGCCAUCUGUAAGUGGUUUCAGUGGCGUAAGAAGGCCAUGGUUGAUAUUGUCAUUGGUAAUGGUUGCGGGAGCUGUUGCAUUGAAGUAUGGUGCUGGCGGUGACAGCUUCGAGCUGACACCAACCGAGCUCUUUGUCGGCACUGCGGGCUUCCUGGCAAACAAGGUCGCAGUUCUUCUGGCAGCAUUCAAACCCAUACAAAGUGAUUUGAAGGGGGAAGAUGGAUCUGGUGACAGGACUUAAAUGCUACUUGCAAUUUCUUAUACAAGAAUUAAUGAAGUUAUUUAGCUACAGUGCAAUGGGCGAGUCGUGAUCUGGAAAUAUAGUGCUACAUCAAUCCUCUGGACAGUCACAGGAACGAGGUCACAAGAUUCCGAUUCAUAAACAUGAGUGGUUUCAAUGGUAGUGUUACUCUGAAACAGACACAUGGAUGGUUCAGAAACAUGACCAGAAUCAGAAAUCAGGAGAGUUCAGUCUUCAAGUAUCGACACAUGAAAAUCUAGCUGUCAAAAACACAGAUUAAAAUCUACAUUCUGAUGAUAUGGUAUAGUUGGUAGCUCAAAAUACAAUCCAAAAUGCAUGAUGAUUGUACCAGAACCAUGUACCCAUUACUGUAUAUAAAUCUGAUUCCAUUGAAAUCAAUUUAACAGCAUGUGAUUGGUAACAAUAUGACUGAGGGAGUUCACCCCCAUUCUGGUUUGACCUGUGUUUCCAUCCAGUUGUGCUGAUCCAAACUGAUCAAUUAUACCAGGAAAUUAUUUUAUCGGCAGAUCCAGCCACCGGCCAUACACAGGGUACAGAUUCGCAGUACCUUGCCAGGUGGCGCCGACCCCACCUGGAUGCCCCAUAAACCGUUGACAUCGCUAUUAAUUUACUCCUCGCUGACAAGAUUUAGUCACCAGUUAGCAUCUCGGGAUGCAGAGUCCACUUCAGUAGCAUCAGCUAGCAUAGCACGGCCGUUCUUCCAGAUGCCAGCCAUGGCCAAUCCUGCAAUGUUGUUCACAGUAGCAAUCCUUGCUCUCGUCUCCGCCGCCGGCGCUUCUGGCAAUGCGACGGCGAGCCCGAGCGCCGGCGGUAACGCCGCGAUGGGCACGGGCCCGACCAAGAACACGACGUCGCCGCCGUUUGGCACGAACCACGCCGUCGGCGACGGCACCGGGUGGUUCUUCGACUGGAAGGCCAACGCCUCCGCCGCCAACUACUCCGCCUGGGCCGCCAACCGCACCUUCUACCUCGGCGACUACCUCAGCUUCAAGACGGACACGGGCAACACGGUGGUGCACACGACCAACACCACGGCGUACGGGCUCUGCCGCGCCGCUGGCGUCGCGGCGAACGGCAGCAGCGGGUGGAAGCCGGAGGGGGCGUUCCUGGCCGUGAUGCUGACGGCGGAGGGCGCCAACUACUUCUUCUCGGACGCCGGGAACGGCGACCACUGCCGGAAGGGGAUGCGGUUCGAGGUCGCCGUCUCGCACGGCCGAGGGCUCCCGUCGGUGCCGGCGUCGUACUACGAGCCGCUCUCCGGCGCACCGGCUGGGAUGCCGGACGGCGGGGCUGUGGCCACGUGGGUUGCCUUUGUUGCUGCCCUGGCUGCGGUAUUGGUGUUGUGAAGUCCCGGUUGAUCUUGAUCCUGCUACAAUUUUUAUUCGACAUCUUUAGCUCAAAAUCUUUUGUGGCAUCAAAAGUUUUGUACGACUGCUUAUACAAAUAUAGAUUUAUAAUUUGUAAGUUUUGGAAGGAAGCAAGUCUCGAAAGCAACAGAUAAACAAUUAUGCCACGUUUGUAGUUCCAGAGGAAUAUUUGGCCCCAUUUGGUUCAUCUGUGCUAUGAACAGUAACCACAGAAUCUU